UUUCCUUUUCCUUCUCUUUAAGCCAUGAGGGGCUAAAACUACAUAUAGCGAUCACGUUUCCCCGCGACGUGUCACAGCGACUCGUUGCUUGGUGUGUCAUUUAAGGGUUGCAACCGAUCCAGGGAUCAUUCAUAGGAUCAAAAGGAUCCAGGCUUGGGGGCCGAAUGAUCUCUCCCCACUCACAUCGGUAAGAACCCAACACAAUUGGCCGUCCUCUAGAAUAUUAGCACGACUCAGAGACUGGUCGCGGCGACAAAUUGCUUCGUACAACAUGGAAAAUGUUUUGAAAACUUUCUUGCUUUAUGCUGGUCAUGUUAGGAGUAUGUCUGCGAAACAAUUCGCCGGUAAAUCCAAACUCGUUCGAUUUCGUAUGUAUUGUUAUUGCAUCAAAAUGAUCGGGUGUGAUUUGAAUCGGAAAUGGUACAUAUGACGUAAUUUAUCCUUGUAUCCUGUCUCCUGGAAUCGUCGUUGAAGGAAGGUAUGAGAACGACGAUGAAAACAAUGCGGGCAGCACGAUUUUGUAACUGUUAAAGGGUUUUAGCCGGAGUUUGCCAGUUCAACCCAUGCAGUGUCGGAAUAACACAGGAUUGGCUCAUUAAGGGUAUUACGAACAAACUUCGUUGCUUUGAGAAUAAGGCUAUUUGUUAUCCAUGCUAAACGUCCCAAACGGUCGUUGAUUUUGUUACAAAUAGAGUCGGUAUACUGUUUUCAGUGAAGCUGUUCAUCGAGCAUAACCCCAAAAUAAUUGAACUUCGUCGCUCUAUCUAUGUCCUUGCCUCGGAUCUGCAGUGCAAAGUCUGAUGAAGUUUAUGAUAGCUGCCUUGUCUCAAAGAGAAGCCCUUUCGUUUUACUCCGAUUUAGCAUUAGUCGUCUGCUUCUCAUCAACCACUGCUCUACUCGUUUGAGGUCCUCUUGUAGAUUUUCUCUUGCGAUGUUGAUAUCGGACCCAGUUAAAUAGGUCCAACACUAUGUCAUUGGCAUACAUAGUUUUCGCCGAGUGCAGCAAACAUUGAGGCAAGUUGUUUAUGUAUAUCACAAACAGCAAAGGUCCCAGUAAAGAAAUUUGAGGAAUGCCGAAGUCUAAUGGAAGGCUUUAGAGAAAUUGCAUAAAUUUCUCGCAGUUGAUGUAAAGAGCUCAUUGAUCUUUGUCGCUGACAGAUUUGAUGAGUUGCUAUACUUGUAUCUUAAGGCAAAAUUUUAUUUAGAUUCCGUCCCAUCUCUCUGGUGUUCCUGCGUCUUGAAGAGCUUAGUGGAAUAACAAUUACAUUUAUUUUUACCUAUUUUCGUGUUGACAGCAUUGCGUAAUCUUUUGUUCAGUAUUGCUUCAGUGUAGCUCACUGUAAAGUAACUGCAUGUCGAAAAAGUUCUCUCGUAAGCAUUAAUGGCCAACGUCAUUGUUUAACAAACAAACAAGCUCAUAAUAAUUCCUCUUCAUUGUUAUUUUUUUGGAUUUCUUCUGAAAAGAGACUCCAACAAAUCAUAAUGGAUUUUGACACUGAAAUGCGGUCUGAAGAUGAGGAUAACUGUCAGACAUCCGAAGGAGGAAACCCGGUUAGAUUUUGUUCGCAGAGAGAAUCUAAUCGAAGAUUAGAUGCACGAGGAAACCCAGGUUGCUUCCAGCCUUCAUCAACCAUUGGUACAAGGACACCUAAAGGCAUCCUAGCAGAAAGAAAUUUAUACAACCAAGAAGGCUCGAGCCAGGUGGUUCACUUUCGCAAUAAUUUGGGCGGUGUUGAGACCACUUUGUGUCGGAAAAGGUCAUUUUCAGAAAUAAGUGGGGCAGGAGUAGCCAGUUCACCAAUUUUUCAAGCGCCACCAUCCAAUCAGUUUCGUUUGACGUCACCAUCGUUAGCCGCAGCAGUAUCGACUGAUUCUCAGGUCCCAAGGACCCCUGGUGUCAGUGACCGAACUACCAAACAGUCGACGGAAUUCUUGGGAAAGGAGACGAUGGAAAAAAAGAGAGUCAAUAUGCUUUCGAGAGAGUCAAGAAGGAAAAGGGGCAGUUCUCCUGAUCUGAAUCUGGGUCUAGACCAGCAGAAGGCGAAGAAGUGCAAGAGGCUGAGUGAUAAAGAAGACACUAUUGAUGACCUUUCUUAGGUUAUACCUGGUUUUAGAGUUUAUUUUUCUUCUUUAUAUAAAGUCAACAUUUUGAACAUGACAUUGUUUGAUCAGGGUAUUCAAUGGAGAAAUCAUGAACUAUUCAAAAGAAACGCAAAUUAAGUAUUCUAAUUCAUUUUAAGAAAUUACUCAUAAAAUGGUUUAUGUAUUGUUAAUAACAAUGAAUUAAGUUGUAGAAAACACAACGGUUACACAGAACUCACGAGUUCCUCUUCGUUUUCUUGUUUAUUCUUGGCACAAUAACUCACAAAGAGGACUUAUAACUAGUGAUAAAACGCCAGAAAAUUCUCUCAAAAAAACUCGCUAUUUUUGUCGCGGUUGGUCACCUGACUUUGCUCCCACGUGUUCUUUACCCUAUAUACCUAAUAAACUAUGAGGGGUAAGGAAAUAAUUUGAAUGUAUCAACAAAGUUGAAAUGGUAAAUUGGCCACCGUUACGGUUAUAAAAGC